CACUGAUGACGUGUCUGACUGCGCUACAGUUGCAUAUUGACAGCUCGACAACAAGCGUCUCUAAAAUGAGCCGGUUAACAACAAAACAAACAUAAAAAUCAAGGCUGAAUACUUUACCACAUCGGCAUGAACUCAGACUCCAUCUGACGCUCCUCCAGUCGAGCAGUGAGUUUGCGGCAGUUGUGUUUUACAGGCAGAAACAUCAACACCAUGUCGUUUCUGGUGGAUUCAGUCAUCAUGUUCACCUCACAGGUGCUGUUCUUUGGAUUUGGGUGGCUCUUCUUUAUGCGGCAGCUGUUCAAAGACUACGAGGUGCGUCAGUAUGUCGUGCAGGUCGUUUUCUCCGUCACCUUUGCUUUCUCAUGCACCAUGUUUGAGCUCAUCAUCUUCGAGAUCCUGGGUGCCUUAAGCAGUAGUUCCAGGUAUUUCCACUGGAAGCUGAACCUGUACGUGAUACUGCUCGUUCUCAUCUUUGUGGUGCCUUUCUACAUCGGAUACUUUGUUGUCAGCAACAUACGCCUGUUGCAGAGACAGAAGCUGCUCUUUGCCUGUGUGGUGUGGUUUACCUUCAUGUAUUUCUUCUGGAAGCUGGGGGACCCAUUUCCCAUCCUCAGUCCGAAACACGGCAUCCUGUCCAUCGAGCAGCUAAUCAGUCGUGUUGGGGUCAUAGGGGUCACACUCAUGGCUCUUCUGUCUGGGUUUGGUGCCGUCAACUGUCCCUACACAUACAUGUCCUACUUCCUCAGAAAUGUGACAGACAGUGACAUCCUUGCUCUAGAGAGGCGGCUGCUCCAGACUAUGGACAUGAUUGUCAGCAAGAAGAAACGAAUUGCCAUGACGCGGAGGCAGAUGUACCAGCGUGGAGAAGACCAGAACAAGCAGACAGGAUUCUGGGGCAUGAUCAAGAGCGUCACCUCCUCCUCUACUGGCAGUGAGAACCUCUCUCUGAUCCAGCAGGAGGUCGAUGCUCUGGAGGAACUGAGUCGACAACUCUUCCUAGAGACUGUGGAUCUUCAGGCCACCAAGGAGCGAAUUGAGUACUCCAAGACAUUCCAGGGGAAAUACUUCAACUUCCUUGGCUACUUCUUCUCCAUCUACUGCGUUUGGAAAAUCUUCAUGGCCACCAUAAAUAUUGUGUUUGACCGUGUUGGAAAGACUGAUCCAGUGACGAGGGGUAUUGAAAUUACAGUGAACUACUUGGGCAUCCAGUUUGAUGUGAAGUUUUGGUCCCAGCACAUCUCCUUCAUCUUGGUAGGAAUAAUCAUCGUUACCUCCAUACGAGGUCUACUCAUCACCCUCACUAAGUUUUUCUACGCUAUAUCAAGCAGCAAGUCCUCCAAUGUUAUUGUUCUCGUCUUAGCUCAAAUCAUGGGGAUGUAUUUUGUAUCGUCGGUACUGCUGAUGCGAAUGAGCAUGCCGCUGGAGUAUCGCUCCAUUGUGACCGAGGUGCUGGGGGAGCUGCAGUUUAACUUCUACCACCGCUGGUUUGACGUCAUCUUCCUGGUCAGCGCCCUGUCCAGCAUCCUCUUCCUCUACCUCGCUCACAAGCAGGCGCCAGAAAAGCACAUGACCCUCUGAUCCCCCACUUGGGCUUGACCCCUGACCCUUGGGGACACUUUAAACCUGGAAUACGGGGAAGUCCAGAACUCACUUUUUUAUAUGGCGUGUAUGUGUUUGGCCUCUACUUCCUGGAUCAGGAAUAGCUGUUUGUUGGACGUAUGUGACGGGGAACUAAUGAAGCACAUGAGGGAACAAGUUGAGCUUUGUGGACUGUGUGUGAUGAUCGGGUUUGAUUGAGAAGACACUGACAGAACAAAUGUUAUGAUUGGUUGUCAGGUUGUAAUUUACAGAAAAAAAACAACACAUUUUACUUUUCAGUUUGCCCUUAGAUUUUCAUCCUUUGGCCAAAGUCAUCUUUCUUUUGUUAACCUAAACACUGAGAUCUACUGUUGACAGCACAUCCCUACUUCACUCCAGUGUUGUAGCCAGUCAGUAUGAAGAAAUGAUGAUGGUCAGGAUUGUCUCUUAUUAUCUCUGUCCUGGAGUGGUUCCUCUUUUCAACACCUCAUACAAAAACUACAAAGUAUGAUUGUUUAUUGGUUACCAGUAUAUAAACAUUUGACAGUAGCAGCAGCAGCUGGAGUUCAAGUCUUGAAUGUUUGUGCACAUCUACUGUUCUGAAACAGUGCUUUUACACCAGAGAGAAGACUUUGGAAUAAAUCAUUGGUGACCAUUGAUA